AAUGGCGGUGGGCAAGCGAGACUCCAGGAUCACCUACUGUCAAAGUCUGGGCUGCGGGGCAGUGGCCGGGGUUUUCAGCCGUUCCCUCACAUGUCCGCUGGACGUCGUGAAGGUCUUGAGCCAAGUGGGGACCUUCCACAGCAAGCAAGGCUUCCUCGGGACUUUCAGGCUACUUUGCGAGGCCGAGGGACUGCGGGCUUUCUGGAAGGGGAAUACUAUCGCCUGCCUGCGUCUCUUCCCCUACAACGCCACUCAGCUGUCCGCUUACAACAAGUUUGUAAACCUGUUCAUGGACGAUUUGGGCCAUAUCUCCCAUUGUGCCGCCAUUGUAGCAGGGAGCCUGGCAGGAAUCGUGGCUGCUGUCCUGACCUACCCGACGGAACUGAUCGAGACGCGCCUGAUUGUUCAGCACAGCAGGGCACCCACCUACAGAGGAAUCGUGCAUGCUCUCCUCACCAUCUACACCAGGGAGGGAUUCCCAGCACUUUACCGAGGGGCCUCACUGACAAUACUGGGAGCAGUACCUUUCUCUACAGGUUCUUUUUUAGUGUACAUUAACCUGGAUAAACUCUGGAAUAAGUCCAGUGUGAAAUUCACGCCUCUCCAGAACUUUGCCAAUGGUUGCCUGGCCGCUGGUGUUGCCCAGACUCUCUCCUUCCCUUUUGAAACUGUGAAAAGGAAGAUGCAGGCACAAAGUCCACUUCUUCCUCACUAUGGAGGUGUUGAUGUUCAUUUUACUGGUGUCAUUGACUGUUUCAAGCAAAUUGUGAAGACAAAGGGUUUUCUGAGUCUAUGGAAUGGUCUCUCUGCCAACCUGCUCAAGAUUGUUCCAUACUACGGUUUGAUGUUUAGCACGUUUGAAUUCUGUAAGCGGGCUUGCCUGUACAAGAAUGGCUAUAUUGUCUCACCUCUGAGCUACCAACUCAGCCCAGGAGUCGACCAGAGCUUGAGGGCUGAGGAGCUCCAGGAACUGAAGAAGUUGAUCAGGGGAAAGAGCUUUGAGACUGACCGAUCCACACUGGGCAACAAGUGGUGGGGCUGAGAAGCUAAACUGAAGGGAUCUGUGAUGAGACCCUCGUAAACCUCAAGCACGGACUGUGACUGGCUGGUCAAAAAGAACCUUUCUCUCCAAAUACCUCACGUUGCACGUUACACAAAACGUUGAUGGGUUAAAAGCAAAGGUGAAUAGCGGGUGAUGCUGAUUAUUGAGGUGGUUUGCGUCUGUUAUUCAAUGAAUGGGACAGCUCAGUAGUAACAUCAGAUAUCCUAAACUUUGAUAGCUCCUCUUAUAAUUAAUUAGAUUUCCAAUACACAAAUUAGUUUUCAAUUUGCUGCUUAUUUUCAAGAUGGGUACAGUGACAUGUGUGGGUUCCGACUGUGUCCAUUAAUAUGCACAGGUAAUGUGAAGCAAUGGCAUCAUGACUGUAGAAACAUAGGUGCAAGAUGACAGAGAAAUUAUUUGGUAAAAGCUUUCAUUUUAUAUUGUGCCUUUUCCUUAAAAAUGAGCCAAAAAUCUCCCAAAGAGAAAAUGGAUGCCCAAACCAAAGAAAGAGAGUGAAGAGAGAUGGCCGUGUUCAACCUCACACUUAGUGUAGAAAGUUAUCGACUGUAUUUUUGAUUCUGGGAGAAAAUCAAAAAGCAUAGUUUUAUAGUCAGAGUUAGUACUUAAAGCAAAGCAGUUCGGUGACACAGUCAUACAGAGGAGACACAAGAGACUGCAGAUGCUGGAAUCUGGAACAACAAACGAUGUGCUGGAGAAACUCAGCGCAUUAGGCAGCAUCUGUGAGGGGAAAGAAAUUGUUGGCAUUUUGGGUCAAAACCCUGGUAUCAAAAUCUGAAGGUGAUUAUUUUUUAGUAGUUAUUUAGAUACCAGAAUCCACUUUAUGAACCUACAUAAAAAUAAACUUGAUUUAUAACCCAUUUAUUAAAUUCACGGCAACAUAUAUAUCAGCAGCCUUUUUCUCUUUGUAACAAAAUGACUCUGACAGGGGAAUGUUAUCACAGAAAACUUGAUGCCAAGGCUCAUCAGGUAAUAUUAAGAUAGUGAGCAAAAGCUUGGCCAAAGAGAAGGCUUUAAGAGAAGUAGCUAGAGAAAAGGGUUUCAGUAGAGGUUGGAGGAAAUUUCUGCAGCACUGGAUGUUGGCAAGCAUUCAGUCACAGUGAAGGGAUGAGAGGGUUGGGGUCUUGAGAUAGAGCUGGAAGUUGUCGACAAACGUGUGGAAAUUGCUGUGAUUUGAGAUACAGUUGGUGAGGGGUAAUAUGUAAGGUGCUAAACUGAAGGAUUACAUUUUGAACCAAUGGAUUAACUUUCGAGCAAGUAUUCACACCAGUCAAUGUCCUGGGGUAGCUCUUAACAAAUCACAGCCCAAUUUUUUUAUUGCACAAAUUGGAAAGGUUAACUUUGGUCUUUCUUCUUUCCUUUGUUGUAAAUUCUGUUUUACUAUUCUCUUUCCAAUAGUGAAACAGAAUUUACAGCAAAGGAAGGAAGGAUCAGGAAAACAUAAUUUACAAAACAUUUGCCAAUACAGACUGUUUACCUAUCAGAGUUUCGCCAUUUCCAAGUAUUAAUACUACAAGGUGCUCAAUUGGGUAAGAAAUUUAUUCGACUUUACACUUCAAUUCCAUACCAUUUUUAUGCUUAAUGUGGCCAAAGAUAGAAAUUCUUCUGAUCAUCUCACAUUUUAAUUGAAAGUUUAAAUUAUAUGUUUGUUACAUGUAUAAUAAACAUGU